GGGCGCCUGUGAUGCUUUCAAGUGCACCACCACCAAUAUAAGAACCGUCCGGAUCGAUCCAGCAGCCAAUAUAUCAACCAAGCAGACAAGCAGUGAGGCAAUACCCAACCAACCAGUACAAGCAAAAACUCAUCGAUCGACGCCAAAUAUGAAGACCAUCCAGGUAGUUCUGUUCCUAGCCAUCGUCCUCGUCGUAUCAUCUGCAGGCAGCAUGGCGGGCAAGGCAGUUGGGCCCAAUUACUUCCAGGACACUUGCUCGGCGGUGAUUCCGGCAGUGCCUAGGUGCGAGGCGGCCAAGUGCGCCGCGGACUGCGCACGACGGUUCAAAGGCGGCGUGGGGAAUUGCGCCGGCGUGGGUUGCCGGUGCGUCUACACCUGCGCCGUCCCAAGUAUCUGAUGGAUAUAUGCGUGUGACUGUGUGAGUCGGCUAUAUAUUUGUUCUUGAUGAAUCGACCGGCUGGCGAUGUAUCCAGCAUGCAUGUUCAAUGGCUAGAUUGUUUUUCCUUGACGAUGUGAUUCCAGAUAAGCAAAGUAAUAAAUCAC